UCAGGAAAGACUGGGAGAUGGAGUAUGUCGGCCAAAUUUGGGUUUAUCUAAAAGGAAGAUCAACGUGGCGGCCGCUCCCAGAAGACAGACUAGAAGCCAAGCAGGAAACUCUAGCCUAACCUCUCCAUAUCUAAUUACAUUUACACAAUACCAUGAAGCAACCGUUUAUGUAUUUUUAGUAUUGAAACCAGAUUCUUUCUGGGUUCUUGUUUUUCUCUUUUAGAUACCAAACCUUUUAACUUAGUGAGUACUACUUUUAGUUGUUAAAAUAAAACAUGGAAGGAGAGUGUUAUACAUCACCAAGUGCUUCAAGUUCAACUCCAACAAUAUCAAGCAUAGGGAAGCGUAAGCAUGGUAGGCAACAAAACCAGGAGAAGCCAUAUAGAGGGAUAAGGAUGAGGAAGUGGGGUAAGUGGGUAGCUGAAAUUAGAGAACCAAACAAGAGGUCUAGGAUUUGGCUUGGGUCCUACUCAACACCAAUUGCUGCAGCUCGUGCAUACGACACAGCCGUUUUCUAUCUCCGAGGGCCUUCUGUUAGGCUUAAUUUCCCUGAUUUGAUUCACCAAGAAGAUGAGUUGUGUGAUGUGUCUGCUGCUUCUAUACGCAAGAAAGCCACUGAAGUCGGGGCUAAAGUUGAUGCCUUGCAAACAGCUCUCCAUGCAUCACCAGGAGACAACUCGCCAGCAAAUCGACUGUUACUUUCAGAGAAACCUGAUUUGAACGAGUACCCAGAGAAUUGUGAUGAAGAGUGAUCAAAAGAAGGUCAACGUUAAUUAAUUAGCAGUUAUAAUUAAUUAAUUGUUUGUGGUUUUUCUUUUCUUUUCUUGGGUUGGGGGGGGGGGGGGGGGGGGGGGAGGUUUUUAAUGUCUAUUAAGAUCUUUUUUUCUGGUUUAGGCAAGCGUAUAUGCACUUUCAGCCUGAGAAACUUUCUGGCAGAAGUAGUAGUGAAUUAGUAAUAGUAUCGAGCGUGUGUUAAUUGAACAGAAUAGAAUCAGAAGGAUUAUGUUUGAUGAGAGAGUGAAAAUAUUUCUUAAUUCUCACAAAUGAGUUCCAGCGACGAUGAACCAUCAAUCACUGGUAAGUUGUAACAAAUUAAAAUUAAAGUGGGCUAAACGGUUGAUGAA